ACUUUACCAUUUUUUAAUUAGAGAAGUAGACUCCUUGAAGAUUAGGAACAAACUUUGAAGUCUAUGAGUUUCCCAUCCUUAUAAUCGCUAUCUUAAAAUAUGAACUGAAAUGAAUGAAUAAAACAGACAAAAAACAUUUUUUUUUGUCACAGAGACAAAAAAACAUUUCUAAAAUUAAAAAUAUCUCACCAGUUUACAAUUGUCUUUGGUUAUGAUCGGGGCCAACCAUUGGUACACACGUUCUUGAUUUGGACCACAAUAUAGUGGUAUACACAUUGAGAUCAAAGAGGGAUUCAGAGAAUUGCAGAAUGAAAUUUCAAAAUGCAACUAAGAGCAUUUCAAGAAUAAAAUAACUAAGUUUACAAAAAAAAAAGAAUAAAAUAACUCAAUUUAGAAAGUCAACCGAUCCAAUACAACAUGAAGAAAAGUAGUUAGAAAUAACGAGGAAAUUUACAUGACGGGAGCCAAAUUCAAACUAUUUUGCGUACAAGCUACUGGAAAAUUAAAUGCAUUGGAUACGGCUUAUAAUUUGGAUAUAAAGCAAAUGAAAAUGUGAUUGAUUAAACUACUUUUCCCUAUUUGUGCUAGUGGAAAGGGUGCACCCACUAGGACACUACCUUAGUGAGAGCAUAUCAUAAACAAAACUCUAGUAUUUUUUAAAAUAAAAUAUUAAUAUUUUAUAUAAUGUAAUCAUGUAAUUAUUUUAAAUUAUGAACAUACCAAAGUACCAAACCAGUAAGAUGACAAGUGUGCACAAAGUUCCUGAAGAAUUUUGUAAAAAUUUCUUCUUCAUGAAUUGGUUUUUCAUGUUUUUUUCUUAUAUUUUAUAAUAGUUAAAAAAAGAUAUGAGAUACCAUGAAUGCUUAACAACAUUAUAGAGAAUAAUUAUAGUGAUGGGCUGACAGAAAUAUAUAUUUAUUUAAAAACAAUAAAAAAUACUAAAUGUCCAAUCGAAUAGACCGACAUCAUAUGACUUAUAUUAUUUGAAUAAUUGAAGUAAGAUAUUUUGUUAUGUUAAUAAUAUGUGUGGAUGCAGUUGCAGCCAAAAAUGACAAAGAUAUUUGGUUUAUAUGCUGAAGAGAAAAUUUAGUGAUGCUUUUAUUAACCAAAGGCACUUUAUCACUUUACUACGGCUUCAAGCGAUCGCGUAGAGAGUAAUACGCUUUCUCACUUUCGCCAGUAUUCAAUUAUACAACAAAAAGAUUAUACAUUUGGUUUCGUUUAUACGGGUUAUAUCGCACGUGUAGAUUCAGUAGGAACAUGUUGGACACAAACUGAAGUGUGUUUAUCUGCAAAAAAAAUUGACCUCAUUACGUUUAAAUCUUUAUUUACCAAAACGACUCUCUACAUCUUCUCUUGGUUGUUCUCAACCUCACCCACCGCCACAUAUUGCUUCCCGUAACCAUUAUUCCAUUGAGGCUAAGCCCUUCACUUUCCUGCACAAUCUCAAAUUGUACCAUAUGAUUCAGCUCUUAAUUCAUCGCAUAUAUUCAAGAUUAGGCUGCUUAAGUUUAGUACCAUUGAACAACACUCAUGGAUCUUUAUUUAUACUCCUCCUGUUCAGUAACAGCAAAGCCUCUCUAUGAAUUAGCAACUUCACUUCCUUGCCAACAAAGCAACCAUCAGCCACGUCAGCUCUAAUAUUCGGUAUCUAUCAGUGAGAUUAACAUCUUGUCAUCUGGCCAUCUCAGGAAACUACAGAAACAAAAGGUCUUCAAUCGAACAAUCACUUAAAUUGAGCCAGUUAUUAGGAGAAAGGUGUUCAAAUGGAUUGUCUGGAGCAGGUUCAUCAAGAGAAUGCUUUCUGUUUGUAUACUAAAAGGAAAACACUUAUCCGUGCUAGAUAAUGCAGGGAAGAACAUAAACUACUGGUAGUGGACCGACUAAAGUACAGUGCAUGGCGAUGGGAGGACAAAACUGAUAGGAUUGUCAAAGAUACGUAUAGAGGAAACCAACCACCAGGUUUUCUAACGAUACUAGCCGCAUUAUUAUUCUCUUAAACCAUGUAUCCAUGUUGGAGCCUCGAAAACUAUAAGUACAUGUAAUCAAGAUCGCACUUCUGCUCGGUUUCCUUUCCUUCUCUUCACCAUCAGAACUGCUCUUAUUUAAAAGGUUUAUCCCUCUCGCUCUUUCCUUUUCUUCUAACGCUUCUUUUCGUCUCUUUGAUGAUUUUCUCCUUGACAGACAGUAACAAGUUUGCUGCAUUUCUAUGCCUCAAUUUUUUCUCAUCUCUUAGCUUUCUCCGUUCUUCCACUAGUCUUCCAACUUCUUCUCUUUGUUUUCUCUCUUCCUCUCCUCUGCAAGCUCCUUCUCUAGCCUAGCUUGUCUUUUCUACGUUCUUUUUCUACCCUGUCUCAUGAUAUUUUGUAAAUAGAGUAGAUUUUGCUACUGAAUCACUCAACUAAAUGACAUGAUAUUUAUUUUGUUUUGGUAUAUAGCAUUUUAUUAUUUGGAGUUGCUUGAACUCAUUAUUAAUCAAGCAAUCUGUAGCUAGAGAGUUGCAUGAUUAACCACAUAGUCUGUUUUUCUAUAUGCUGAUGGAGUCUUGCAUGAUUAAUCAAGUAGGGUUUUUUUUCUAGGAAAUGUACAACAACUGAAACAAUAUUUCACAAACACAAUACCCAGAAGAGAACAUAUCAAUAUGUUCAAGUACAAUUAUAAACAUUAAUUAGAAUGACUGAAACAACCAGAAGAAGAUGAAAAAUAGUGAAAGCAAAAGAAAGGACCCGAGGCCAAAGCUGUCUGAGUCAGUGGAAGUCGCAGAGGUAGGUGAUGGUAUAAUGAGAAGGGAAGGGAUC